AUGUCAACGUCUGUCGUGGUGGCCGAAGUACAAUGCGGCGAAAAUGAAAUUCGCAAUGACUGUCCAGAUGCUCUGUGUACACCACAGUACUGUUCUCAGCUGGGAUUCCCAAUAGACUGCCCAGCACUGAGCGGUAAUGCCAGCGACACAUGUCCAGGAGAUCCUGGGUGUAUCUGUAAAGACAACUACGUCAGGGAUGAUACUGGCAAAUGUGUUCCUAUUGAUAGUUGCCCAUCGUGCGGAGGUGAUCCAAAUGCAAAGUCAGGUUGUGGUGUGAACUGCGGUAGACUGUGCUCUAACUACAAGAAAAAGAACGUUGUUUGUCCACUGUAUUGCAAACUUAACGGCUGUGACUGCAAAGAUGGCUACGUAUUUGACAGCAACGUAGGACUAUGUGUUCGACCUAAAGAUUGUACACCAACAUGCGGAUCAAAUGAAGUCUACAAGCAGUGCGCUAACAAAGAGUUAAAGAGAACGAAAUGCUCACAAAUAAACGAAUACACUUCUGAAGGCAAUGAUGAGACAUCGCGAACUUCUGAUUCUUAUUCCUCUGAAACUUCUUCUGACUCUUCUGAUACUUCUUCGGAAUCAUCUUCUGAUUCUUCUUCCGAGUCUGAUGAGUGCAUUGGAGCGUGUGUUUGCCAGGAAGGAUACCUGAGGAACAGUGACGGUGUUUGCUUACCUGAAGACCAAUGCCCAAAUAAAUGCACGAUGCCUCAUGAAGUUUACGUUAAGUGCAAAAUAACAUGUCCGCCUCAAACCUGCGAAAGCCUUACACGGGCCUAUCCUUGCCCAAAUCCACCUGAAGGUGAAGAACAUUGUACUCCAGGAUGUCAAUGUGAAGACGGAUACUAUAGAAAUGCAAUCGGAGAGUGCAUAUCUGAAGAGGAUUGUUUAAAAUGUACUGGCCCGAACGAGUACUUCUCCUGCGGUACAUGUGAUAACGUCUGCUCUACACUAUCGCAACAGAACCAAACAAAUUGUCCUAUCAAAUAUAAGAAGUGCAUUCCCCAAUGCUAUUGCCUACAAGACUACGCUCGAGAUGACAACGGAAUCUGUAUACCUAUCAACCAAUGUAAUGUAUCGUGCAAAGGGGAUCCAAACGCAAUACCCGGCUGUGGUAAUUACUGCGGAAGGCGUUGUUCUGACUACAAGAAAGGAGAUCUUAAGUGCGCUAUAGGCUGUUACUUGGGCGGCUGCGCCUGCAAAGAAAAUUACGUAUACGAUGAUAAUAAAAAGAAAUGCGUUCUACCUGAAAAUUGCAUGUGGGAGAGCCAUCCUUCGGCACGAAUGGAUCGACUCGACCGGAGUGAUACCACGGCCUCACAGAAAACCGGCGUGAAACUACCACAGCGUUGUGUUUCGCCGUCUCCCACGUGUGGUCCCGAGGAACGAUAUGAGGAGCAUCCUUCAAUGGUCUGCGAUCCUCUCACCUGUGACGAAGUUGGACAAGAAAAGGAGUGUCGUACGAAACCACGAGACAAUGACAAACCAGCUUGUAUUUGUAAAAAAGAUCUCGUCAGAAAUGAUAAAGGCGAAUGCAUACCUAUUGACGAUUGUUCAUUUCGUAUGUCUGCGGCAAACGCAUCUACAGUGGAUGAUAGACUACGUGCUCAGAUUUCUACCGGAUCCCAUCACUUGGCUGGAAGUUUUGCAAGCGUAUCCAGCAAGACUGACGGUAAAAUAAGAGACAUUGUAAAUCCAAAAAUGUUUGAUGCUAACACUCGUCUGUGCCUGGCUGACGUUAUCCAUAUAGUGGCUGAUUGGUUACAGCCUUUUAAUAAACGAGAAACUUACAACUCCAAGUUCACCAAAUCUAAUGGUAACGUCGUCCGAGUACCAAUGAUGACUCAACGUGGUAAUUUUAACUACUUUUCAAAUGAAAAGUUCCAGGCCUUGGAUAUGCUCUACGUAGGAGGAGAUCUUAGUUUCUUGACUAUUCUACCCAAAAACACGAGAGAUUUAAAGGAGAUUGUAGAAAGGCUAAAUGACCCUAUUUACUUCGGUAAAGUGAUAUCAAGCCUUAAACCGACAGAAGUUGAAAUCAAUUUGCCAAAGUUCCAAAUGAAAACUCGAAUUGAUUUAAAGGACCUACUAAUAAAGGACGGAGUCACGGCUGUAUUCCACCCAAAUAUGGGACUUGAAGGUAUAUUAGAGAACAGAGGACCUGUUUCUGUUAGUGACGCUAUACAGGUAGCGUAUAUAAUAGUUGACGAAAUUCAUACAGAAGCAGGAGCAUCCACAGUGAUAACCGGUUUAGGUGCAACACAAUACCAAGUUCCAUUUAUAGCGGAUCGACCUUUCAUUUUCUUCAUACUCGAUCAUAUUAAUAAGAUCGUAUUAAUGAACGGAAUUUUCGACGGUCCACAAUAA